CAAACCGUCCGCCGCCAUGUUGUGUCUCCAGCGGAGCAGCGACGUCCGUCACCGUCACCGUCACCGGUAGUAAACAAACCGACCGAUAGAUGACCUCACCGGCACCGGAACCGCCCGGGAGCUCACAGGAGGAACCAUGAGCCGGCCGUCCUCAGCCGGAGGAGGCGGCGGUAAGGCUGGAGGAGGUAAACACGGAGGAGGAGGAGGCUCCGGAGCCGCUCAGCAGGCAGCAGCAGCAGCCGGCGGGGUGAGCCCCGUGGCCGGUACCGGGUCCGACCAGGUGUCCGGUCCCGGUACCGUGUCCCUGCCCGCGGUGUCCGGUGGUCUCCCCGGUCUCCACGGUCAGUCCCCGGAGCUCACGGCUCUGUUUGAGUGCCCGGUGUGCUUCGACUACGUGCUGCCGCCCAUCCUGCAGUGCCAGGCGGGUCACCUGGUGUGUAACCUCUGCAGACAGAAGCUCAGCUGCUGCCCGACCUGCAGAGGCCCGCUGACACCCAGCAUCCGGAACCUGGCCAUGGAGAAGGUGGCCUCCACGCUGCCGUUUCCCUGCAAGUACUCGUCGGCCGGCUGUCUGCUGUCGCUCCACCACACCGAGAAGCCCGACCACGAGGAGGUGUGUGAGUUCCGGCCGUACACCUGUCCGUGUCCCGGAGCGACCUGCAAGUGGCACGGCGCCCUGGAGGCCGUCAUGCCGCACCUGAUGCACGCCCACAAGUCCAUCACCACGCUGCAGGGGGAGGACAUCGUCUUCCUGGCGACGGACAUCAACCUGCCGGGCGCCGUGGACUGGGUGAUGAUGCAGUCGUGUUUCAGCCAUCACUUCAUGCUGGUCCUGGAGAAGCAGGAGAAGUACGAAGGCCACCAGCAGUUCUUCGCCGUCGUGCUGCUCAUCGGCACCCGCAAGCAGGCCGAGAACUUCGCCUACCGCCUGGAGCUCAACGGCAACCGGCGCCGACUCACCUGGGAGGCCACGCCGCGCUCCAUCCACGACGGGGUGGCGGCCGCCAUCAUGAACAGCGACUGCCUGGUGUUCGACACCUCCAUCGCCCAUUUGUUCGCCGACAACGGCAACCUGGGGAUCAACGUCACCAUCUCCAUGAACUGAGGCGAGCGGAGCGGCGAUGACGGCAGAACACGGACGUCACAAUGGACACGGGGACUCCUGUGCUGCAGACGUCCUGCGGUGUCGGCGAUGCAGCCGGAGGCGUUCGUGAGAUUAAAACACAACAUUUGAAGCGCCGCCCUGUGUGAUGUCUGCGUAUUUGACGAAUGACGGGACAGAACGGGUCGUCCUUCUGUCCCUUGAUCGGGCGCCAGCGAAGAGCAUCGUCCUUCUGGAUGGAAAAGAAGUCGGGACGCUGCUUUGACCGCCGCGACACAGAGCUGUCCUGAGUUUACUCUCCCGAGCAGAACGGGUUCUGGUGUCAGGUCCAUCUGACUUCCUGUCGGCCCGGCGUGUUCACAGUAUUCUCAGCCAGCGGUCCCGGUGAUCACCGUAGACCUGAACCAGAACUGAGUCCACAUAAAGGACGACUGGUUUCACCGGAGCUCCACCAACAUAACGGCUUAUUGCAGAUAUAUCUCAACACGGGAGCUGCCAUUGAUUUACAUCAUGGUGCGUUCAGGCUCUAUUCAGUAAAACUGAGCAUUGGGCGAAGGUAAAUUCUAACAUCAUCUUGAUGAAAUUGGUGUCGAGAAUCGUUAAAUUUCACUGGUAUUGGUAUCGACUACUACAUUUCUGGUGUGGUGACGUCCCUGCUGAUGUAUAACAAGACACACACUAGUUUAAAUGUCAUUUAAAAAGGCUGUUUGUCCACCAGAGGGCGCUGACGAGUUUAUUAUUCCACUGUAAAAUGAGCCGUUUAGUGCGUCCUGGUCACUUUCUAUUAAAACAUGUAAGGGAUCCAGAUGUUUAAACUCCCAAAUAUUAAUCUCAGUGUUGGCCUUAAUAGUUGAGCUGUAUCAGCUACAGGAAGUGAACACAACUACCUUUCUAUGUAUAGAUGGUCGUACCCGUUCACCGACACGUCUUCACAGCAAAUAAAGAAUAACAGCAGAGUAAUGUGGAGAUGUUUCCUCAGUGGGAGGUUGCUGGUUUGAAUCCCUGCAGCCGUCUGCGAGGCCGACGGCGUUCUGACUGCAGCUCGUCUCUCACAGAUUUUGGAGGUCAGCGUUUGUGGGAACGAGCUGAGCUGUGAAUCCAGUUUAAUCCUCCGACCUUCUUUAAUCUCAGAUAAAAGCAGUAAAACGGAGGACUAAUCCUCCAUCCCUCUUCCUGCAGGCUGUUCAGCCGCCAGCGCCUUAACUUUUCUACCGUCAACCUCCUCCUCCUCCUCCUCUUCUUCUUCCUGUUGGAGCUCAGAGCGGCCCGGAGAAACACAACUGAGCCGUCAGACGUCACGGUGACGUUGUUAUUCUCUCUCCGGGUGAUUUCCCAACAUUCCCCGUCUCUAAACCUUCGUAGCAGCCGACCAGGAAGAACUUCACCAGAUACCUCUGAGCACAGACACGUCUGUAACUGAACCGCUAACCUCAGACCUCGCCGCUGUUUCCUCCGUGUUUCUUUAUGAUGAGCGCCGCCGCGGUCACGACGUAGACGACAGACAUCCGUUAAAGUCUAAAGUCACAAUAAUCAUCUGACAUCACGGUAUGAAGGAGCUGAAAUGAUGCAUUAGGGAGGACUGAGGACGGCUGCUUCAGCAAACCUUCAAACUACAUUAACUUAUCAGUAUUCAUUAGAGUAAUAACAUCCUUUAUGCUUUCAUGUUCAGAGACUUUGAAUCCCGUCUUUGGAUGUAAACGUUGACGUCUGUAAUCAAAAUGAUCUGGUGAAAUAAGUAAACUCUGCUCGCUCAUCAAUCAAUCAAUCAAACCAGCUCAUCAAUAAUAAUAAUACUAAUAAUAAUAAAUAUGAAACACAGAGGAAACACGGCUGAUAAUCACUUCCACUCUACAACCGCUGACUUUCUACCAGAUGUUUAACGAUAUUGUAAAUGGAGUUCUAACGACAGUAUAUUUUCUAAAAACAAAGAGACUACAUCGAUGGCGUUCGUGUCGGCGUUCGCUCCACGGAGAUUUUAAAGUCAUUUUCUAAAACGCUUUCUGACAUUUAGUUUUAAUUAAUUCUGCUGCUGGACUGUCGGUACCUCAACAUCUGGACUGAUGCUGAAGGAAAAACCUUUUUAUUACUGGACAUGAAACUCUCCUGUUGGAUCAUCAGAGAAGUCAACUACGACUCCCAGGGUGCAUUUCACUGACUAACAUCCAAUCACAGAGCUUUAUUCUAACGGUUAGCUGACGCUAAACCUGAAACAGCAGUUUGGAUCUGAAUUUAGUAACUAAUAUCUCCAUAGCAACAGCAGCUGAGGCUCAUGGGUAUUGUAGUAUUUAGAGCCGUCCACCAAACUGACAGAAAAAAACAAGAGUUAAAUCUGAUUAAAUAAUUAAAUCUGAUAAUCUGAACAUAAACCUGUAGUAUAAUUAAAUGAUCCUCAUUAAGCUAACGAGGCUGUCCGUCUAAUUACGGCUUUAAUUAGGGUACAAUAUAAAUAUUAAUAAAUGUGGUUAACAUUUUAUUUUGUAGGUCGGUUUUUCCAGGAUUAUUUACAAGACUUUAAAAUAAUUAUAGGUAAAAUAAUUCUCAAUAAUAACUGAAUAUUUAUUUGGGUUUAAAUUGAGCUUUUAUUUUCCUUAAAAUUAAUACCAAAUCUAAUAUUUUUUCAGGACACAUCUUGGAAAUGAUUGAACUAAUGGGGUAUUUAUUUAUAUAUAUGAGGUAUAAAACACAAUGAAGAGGGGGAAACGUUUAUGAUUGUAUACAGUAUGUAAAUGUCUCCAGAUUUCAAACCAAACGGCCCGUGAUGAAUUAUUGAUGAAAUAUUGACAUGUUGAUGAUAUUGUCCUCGUUAACAUGCAGAUGAUCAUCAUCAGCUGUUUCAGGUUCUUCCUGUCGCGGCAGCAGGACGAUAAAAAUCUCAAAUCCACUGAAUCUACUAGAAGAUAAAGUUUACACGUCUGACUGAUAUCUGAGGAUGUUUUAAUAUCUUUUCUUUGUUCUCAGUGUCCUGUGGUGUUUCUAGAAUAAACGGGUGCAGUUUGA